AUUCUUUUUAAUUUUACAGAAUAACAAUCAUGCUGCCGCGGAAAAGAUACUUUGGUAUUGUGUUAACAAUACUAUUCGUAGUACGAGAGACGACACAACACGGCUCCGGAGCGCCGCCCGGGGCUUGCGCAGACCAGAUGCCACGACACAGCGGCGUUGAAGUGCAAACAUCGGUGCCUCCGUACAUGAUCCUCACUUCAGGAGCGCAGGUUCGGCAAGGCGACGUGCUCAAUGUGACCAUCGGCAGCCCCGCGGGCGCACCCGUGCCCAUCGGAGGGUUCAUACUGCAAGCUAGGGAAAUACAGGAUCCCGACGCCAUAGUGGGCAAGUUCGUGAAAGUGCCACCCACGACCCACGUGAUAACGUGCAGCGGGACGAACGACACGGUGACGCACUCCUCGCCCGAGGAGAAACCCGCCAUGACCUUCCAGUGGCAAGCGCCUUCUGACUUCCUCGGAGGGAUCGAGUUUAGGGCGACGGUAGCUCAAAGUUACGCGACGUUCUGGAAGAACGUAGAGUCGCCGCUGGUGGAGGUGGUGACGCUCGACACGGCGGUGAGCACCAGCCUGCCGCCCAUCACCAGGGGACCCAACACCCAGCCGCCGCCCAUCAUCAUGGAGUCUAAGCCAAAAGCCGCUCCUGAGCCUAUAGACGUGGUGUACCAGGGCUGCGCCGACACAAAGUUAUGCUUCGGCGUGCCGCAAAACUGCAUCGAGAAGGCCGACUGUAAAGCCGUCGUCGCUAUCUUCGUCUCCGGAGACAUCUACACCUUCGAAAUACAAGGAACUGGCAACCCUAAAUACGUAGCAGCCGCUUUGAGCCUCGACGAUAAGAUGGGAGACGACAGCGCAAUGGAAUGCGUCAGGAACGACAACGGGAGAGUCAGCCUGUACACCUCCUGGACUUACCCGAAGGUGGAGCCCUACGUGCAGAGGUCGGACUCUCCGCAAGAAAUCGUGCAGUUGCUAGAGUCUUCGGUCAUAGACGGGAAAUUGUACUGCAAGUUUAAGAGGGACGUCGUGUCCACUGUGAAGGGCGUGACCUUCGAUCUUGCCUCGAACAAAUACAAUCUGAUGGUGGUCUCCGGCGAUAGUAUGAAAGACGCCAACCGCGUCGGGUUCCACUCGAUCGCGUACGAGGCGACGGGCGCGCCGCUGGCGCUGUCGACGGUGGGCGCGGCCGCCGCCUCCAAGAUCCUGCUGAAGCUGCACGGGAGCUUCAUGCUGCUCGCCUGGCUCGGCACCGCCUCACUCGGGAUACUGCUGGCUAGAUACUUCAAACAGACGUGGGCAGGCAAACAGCUCGGCGGGAAGGACAUUUGGUUCGCUUACCACCGCAUCCUGAUGGUGGGGACGUGGUCGCUGACGAUGGUGGGAUUCAUCCUGAUCCUGGCGGAGGUGCGCGGCUGGACCGGCGGCGACAACCCGCACGCCAUCACCGGCAUCGUCACCGUCAUACUCUGCUUCAUACAGCCUAUUGGAGCGUACUUCAGGCCACACCCGGGCACCAAAAACCGGUCGAUAUUCAACUGGGCGCAUUGGUUCGUAGGCAACGCCGCGCAUAUAUUAGGAAUCGUGUCGAUAUUCCUGGCCGUGUAUCUGCAGAAGGCGGAGCUACCGAGCUGGAGCGUGUACAUCCUAGCCGCCUUCGUCGCUUUCCACGUAGUUAUGCAUCUCGUGCUGUCCGCGACGUGGUGCGUGGGUGAACGCGGCUCGGUGGGAGUGAGCGGCGCGCUCGCCAUGAAGCACCUCGCGCCCAGCUCCGCGCCCACGGGCGGCGCACUCGCUACGCGCCCGCCGCAUCAGUUCUCCGGUUUCAAGAAACUGAUGCUGGGCGUGUACGCACCGAUAGUGUUGCUGAUCAUCGUCGCCAUGAUCUAUAUUGUUGCGCGCGCGCCCCUCGGGGAAUCCUACACAUCCAUACUCGGAGCGUAACGACGAUAUUCCAGACUUUAAGUAUUAAAAUCACCAAUACUGAUUCACUACUAUUGAUGACUGCAAAAAUGAUUACUACUUACUUAUUACUUUUGUGUGUGUUCUGUAUGUGAAAUUCUCGCAGGAAGCAGUGAUGCAGUUUUAAUCAUGUUCUUAACAAAAAAACAUUGUGUAUAAAAAUUCUGAAAGUUUGGCUUUACAUUUCACAUACAAUUCUGUAACAUUACAUUCAUUCGUUCAAUCAUUCAAACAUUUCCGACAUUUAUUAAUUAAUCCGUAAGAAUGAGGUUUCAUCUACCUAUUCUUUUAAUACAUUUUUUUCAUAAAAAAAGGGCAAAGGUUCUCUACCACGCAAUCUAGCUUUGACAACUUGGGUAUAGACGUUGCAAUUUACACGAGUCGAAUUUAUAAACAAACGACAACUGAAUUUAAAAUUAGAAGAAACCUAUCUUUUAUGUACAUAAGGAUAAUUCCGCUGAUUUGUGUAAUGGGCGUGGUUAUACAGUACACGAAAUAUUAACAAUUUAUUAUAAAUCACUUAACUAUGACUAGUGCAAGGUCUUUGUUAGACCAUACGUAGAUCAUGGUGCAAUCGAUUGAUAACUAAACGAAAAUGAUUAGACUAAACCAAAACAGAUGAAACGCAAAGAAAAAUAUAUUUUGUAAGUUCGACUAAUAAUAAGAAAUCGUAGUUUUUAAAAUUCACAAGUAGAAUCGUAAAGUGGUGUGGCUCGGAGAUAAAAAAACACUACCAUUUUUCAUAUUAGGUAUACUUGUCUGUGCUAUUAUCAUUUUAUCACUCAUUAUCUAUGGUUGUAAUUCAAUAAUUAAAAUCUCGUAAAAUGUUGUGCUUUAGGUACUCAUACUAAUAAUUGUUUUUUUAUAAUAAUUUAUUAUGCAAACUUUUCUAUUUAUCUACAAUAGUAAAAGUAAGUUAAUUUUUAUACAUCAAAGUACUUAAGUAUUAAAUGAUGUUAAAAUUUGUAUAGUAAUCAUAAUUAUGGUGCGUACACUGUAAAACACUUAAGAAAUUAUAAUGUAAGAAAUAAUAUCACAUUACAUAUUAAGAAAUUACAUUCACCUAAAUUCGGACCUGGAAAUGAGCGAACUCUUUUCAAAAGGUCAUUCUGAGACAUAAUCAGUGCGCUCUAUUCUUAAAAGAGGUGCCUAAUUUUUUUUUUGUUAUGCAUUUUUCAUCUUUAUUACAAUCAAUAUAAGGCCAGCCUGAUAGGUAUGCCCUACUCUAAAACUAAAGAGGUUUAGAAAGAGAGAGUCAGAAAAGUAUUUUCUCACCUUGUAAUAAUUUGUGUUACCAGCGAUUCGCAUGCUGAGUGAUUACUGAUUGGUAACAAUUCCAUGAUCAAUAAUAUUAUAAAAGGUAAUUGAUCCUGCAACUUAAAUAUAACAUUGGGUUGCAUUAAAAUAAUCUUCCAAUAUUGACAGUUGUUACAUUUAUAAAUCAAAGUAUUUAAUAUUAGUACAUUAGCAUUGAAAAUGCUGUAUAUUUUGGAAAGCCAAUGCACGGCGUUACAUUAUAAGUACGUAAACUGGAAUGUGAUACUUCAUAGCAUGAUGUUAAUGUUGUAAAAUUAUAUUUUAAUUUUAUGCUAUUAUUUAUGAAUUAAAAUAAAAUGAAUCUUUAAUG